AUUGUACCUCGGAUUCCUGUAGGCGCCCUUCUCGCCUUGCGCUCUCUCCAGGUCGCAGUUUGACGCACUCGGGGAGGACCAGCCUGCCUGACCACUGAUACUCUCAUCUAGACAUAUAAAGACAAACUUUACAUUUCCAGACUGCGGUGCUCUCGGUGGUUCACCUUCAGUGUCGCCUCAUCUACUGUAUUUGCCUAUUUAAAUAUUCAAACUCUGUCAUCAAGGGUGAGCAAGCCGUUUGGGAAUCAAGGACUGGAGGGAGGAUAUAUGUUUAAAGCUGUUGAUGCGGAAUACAGCUUUCAGUCAGGGUAGAAGAGGAGAAGGAAUAGGCUACAGUAUCAACUGGAUAGCUUUGGUUAAAGUUUUCUGAAGUUCCCUUGGCGUCUGGGAUUGACAUGGGUACCUUGCGCGACCUCCAAUACGCGCUCCAGGAGAAGAUUGAGGAGCUGCGGCAGCGGGACACGCUCAUUGAUGAGCUAGAACUGGAGCUUGACCAAAAAGAUGAACUGAUACAAAAACUACAGAACGAACUGGAUAAAUACCGGUCCGUUAUCAAACCGGCCACGCAACAGGUCGUCAAACAGACCGAGCUGCACGAGCACCAACGAACUAAGAGACAGGCGAUAUCUGCCGAACCCACCGCAUUCGACAUCCAUGAUCUUAGCCAUGUCACGCUGCCUUUCUACCCCAAAAGUCCACAGUCUAAGGACCUGAUCAAGGAAGCCAUAUUGGACAAUGACUUCAUGAAGAACCUGGAGCUGUCUCAGAUCCAGGAGAUCGUGGACUGCAUGUACCCUGUGGAGUAUGGCAAAGACAGCUGUAUCAUCAAGGAAGGUGACGUGGGCUCACUGGUCUACGUCAUGGAAGAUGGUAGGGUGGAGGUGACAAAGGAGAGUGUGAAGCUGUGCACCAUGGGACCUGGGAAGGUGUUUGGAGAGCUGGCCAUCCUCUACAACUGUACCAGGACAGCAACUGUCAAGACUCUCACCAAUGUGAAGUUAUGGGCCAUCGACCGACAAUGCUUUCAAACUAUUAUGAUGAGGACGGGCCUGAUCAAACACACCGAAUACAUGGAGUUUUUAAAAAGUGUUCCAACGUUCCAUGAACUUCCGGAGGAGAUACUAAGCAAGCUGGCUGAUGUCCUUGAGGAGACACACUAUGAGGAUGGAGAGUACAUCGUCAGACAGGGAGCCACAGGAGACACCUUCUUCAUUGUCAGCAAGGGAAUGGUGAAUGUGACCAGGGAAGACAAGCCCAGCGGGGAUCCUGUCUACCUCCGCAGCAUGGGGAAAGGAGACUGGUUCGGAGAGAAGGCCCUGCAUGGGGAGGACAUCAGGACAGCAAACGUCAUCGCUGCAGAGGCCGUUACAUGUCUGGUCAUCGACAGAGACUCCUUCAAGCACCUGAUUGGAGGGUUGGAGGAGGUGUCCAGUAAAGGCUGUGAGGAUGCUGAGGCCAAGGCUAGGUACGAAGCAGAGAACGCUUUCUUCUCCAUCCUCAAUCUGGCUGACUUCAACAUCAUUGACACACUGGGGGUUGGUGGCUUCGGCCGCGUAGAGCUGGUCCAGCUGAAGAGUGAUGAGUUGAAGACUUUUGCCAUGAAGAUCCUGAAGAAGCGUCACAUCGUGGACACGCGGCAGCAGGAGCAUAUCCGCUCUGAGAAACUCAUCAUGCAGGAGGCCCAUUCUGACUUCAUUGUCAGACUGUACAGGACGUUUAAGGACAGUAAGUAUCUCUACAUGCUGAUGGAGGCUUGUCUGGGAGGAGAGCUGUGGACCAUUCUUAGAGACCGGGGUUCGUUUGAGGACUCCACCACUAGGUUCUACACAGCUUGUGUGGUGGAAGCAUUUGCCUACCUGCAUUCCAAAGGCAUCAUCUACAGAGACCUCAAACCAGAGAACCUUAUACUGGACCAUAGGGGCUACGCCAAGCUAGUGGACUUUGGCUUUGCCAAGAAGAUAGGGUUUGGGAAGAAAACGUGGACGUUCUGUGGAACACCAGAAUACGUGGCACCAGAGAUCAUUCUGAACAAAGGCCAUGACAUCUCAGCCGACUACUGGUCUCUAGGAAUCCUCAUGUUUGAGCUCCUCACCGGCAGCCCUCCCUUCUCUGGCCCUGAUCCCAUGAAGACCUAUAACAUCAUCCUGAGGGGCAUUGACAUGAUUGAGUUUCCAAAGAAGAUUACCAAAAACGCUGCCAACUUAAUAAAAAAACUAUGCAGAUGGUUCGAGGGCUUUAAUGGGGAAGGUCUACGGAAGGGAACUCUGACACCCCCUAUCAUCCCUAAUGUGACAUCAUCGACGGACACAAGUAACUUUGACAGCUUCCCAGAGGACAAUGAAGACCCUCCCCCAGAUGACAACUCUGGCUGGGACAACGAUUUUUAAACGUCACCCCCCACCCCCAAUACCAAAUGCUCUUCUGUCAUUGGCCUGGGGGCCUACUUCCUGAUGUAGUUUAAUUCUAAAGACUGCGAUAAAUAGGAAGAGGAGAGGGGGAAGAGAGGAAGAGGACCACAACCGCUGUGGGUCACCGAUAUGCCUUCGCUAUACGUGGCUCUGGGACUAGAAUUUAAUGACCUUAUCCUCAGUGUUCUCUCUCUCACACAGACACACACACACACACACAGACAGACAGACAGACAGACAGACAGACAGACAGACAGACAGACAGACAGACAGACAGACAGACAGACAGACAGACAGACAGACAGACAGACAGACAGACAGACAGACAGACAGAGAGAGAGAGAGAGAGAGAGAGAGAGAGAGAGAGAGAGAGAGAGAGAGAGUCCUAGAGCUACAAUAAUGCCUUUUCCUUUAGCAGAGAGCGCGUGUGAGACUGAGUGUGUGUACAAUAUAUGUGAGAGUGUAAGGACACUAUAAGGAACGAUAAAAAAAGUUAAUAAUAUAGGGUGGAAGAUGAGUUUUCUGUUGCGGCUACAGACCUGCACUGCUCCUACAGACACAAACAGACAGGCUGGGUCCAUGUUUGGAAGGCUUCCCCUCUGCACCCUGUUUUCUCUCCAAGACUUCUAUUACUAUAGCUGGUUCCUGAGGUUUGGCUCAGCAGUACCUAGUACCUACAGUAUCUGGUACCUGGACCUCCUCAAUAGGGAUACAGAAUCUUAACACUGAGUCUGACAAGCCAAACAGGUACCAAGUGCUCAUGACGAACCAGAAUGUUACUGUUUGUCCUUAAUAUUACUUUUAGAACCACAGAGUAUAUGUACAUAUCAUUUGAAGUUACAUUCUCACACAUGCACAUAGGCUGCUACACUCAUCUGCUUUACUCAUGUACACUGUAUGCAGCAGCUAGUUAGCUUAAAAAAAAAGCAACCUUUUUGUUCUGUGCUUCUGAUGGAAAAAUGAUGACCUUUCAAAUGUCCUGCUUACAAAUGUAAUCAGUCACACAUAUUCAUCCCUCAUUUCUGGAAAGCAAUUUGUUAUUAUGUUGUUAUUAACAAACUUCAUCAACAACCACAACGGUGAAGAUCCUCGGACCAUCUUUCAUUUCACAGGCAAUGAGCGAUCAGAUAAUAAAGAUUUAUUUUGAAAGUCUACUCUAUGCUCUUAGCUACACAUCGACCUUACAUGUUGCAAAUGUCUGACAUUCACAUCCUAUGAGUUGCUAUUUCAUCAUGUAGUUGCUAACCAAUCAAUAUAAAUACCAUCCCUUUAAAUAGGUAAGUCCCAUUUUCACACCACAGUAGUUUAAUUUACCAGUUCUAAUGGAAUUUUAAUGCCUUCAGUGCUGCCGUUUCUACAGUAUUGUAAAUACAGGUGCUGAAUUCAAUUUGAAUGGAUGAAAUGUUAUGAGCACUGGUUAUUGUUACUGUGUAUUGAUAUUAAAGUGCUUGAUUACUUUGUAA